AUGAGACUUAUUCAGAAAUCAUUCAAACUCACGAGGGGGUUGGCGACAUUCAAUAAACCGUUACGCGUAUUAGGCAUAGAAACUUCAUGUGAUGACACCUCGGCUGCGAUUGUCACUUCGGAUAAAAAGAUUCUAGCAGAAACUGUAAAAGGACAACAGGAAUUACAUGAGCCAAUGGGUGGUGUAGUUCCAACAUUAGCAAGCAACGGUCAUUCACGAAACUUGCCAGGUGUCAUCUGCGAGACGCUAGAUAAGGCAGGUCUGUCUAUUCAUGAUCUUGAUGCUAUUGCAGUGACCAGAGGACCAGGUUUGCCACCCUGUUUGCCUGUUGGCCUAAAUGCUGCAAAGACCUUAGCAGCCGUCAACAAAAAGAAAUUGAUUGGAGUGCAUCAUAUGGAAGCGCAUGCUUUGACAGCACGCUUGACAACAAAUUCACAAAGUGAACAGCCUGCACCAGCCUUCCCAUUCAUGGCAUUACUCAUAUCUGGAGGACAUACACUUCUUCUCACAGUAAACAAUAUCGGUGAUUACAACCAAUUAGGAACAACGCUCGAUAACUCAGUUGGAGAAGCGAUUGACAAAACCGCAAGACAUCUAGAGCUGGAUUGGAUAAAAGGAAGAAGAGGUGGCCCAGGAGCAGCUUUAGAAAAGGCAGCUUUGAAUGGCGACCCUGAAAGAUUUUUAUCGCAUCUACCGAAGCCAAUGCUACAGAGGAACAAAUCUGUCAUUGCUUUUAGUUUCUCCGGUUUAAAAACGGCCGUCUCUAGAUUAAUAAAUAUAGAUAAAUGCGUAGAUUUGAAGAAGCCAGAAGAUGUUAGUGAUAUUGCUGCCGCCUUUCAAACAGCCUGCAUUCGUCAUUUGGAACAAAAAAUAACUUUGGCUUUCGAACAAGAGUUGGUGCAAUUAAAGAAACCGCUGACUGCAUUAGUUGUAAGCGGUGGCGUGGCAAGCAACACGUUUUUUAGGACGAGACUACAGGCUGGAUUAAUUGAUGAUUAUACAAUUACUACCUUGCCAAAAUGGCCGUUGGAGUCAUUAAAAGAAGCAAAUAAGAAAUAG